UUUUUUUUUUUCUUGCUUCUUGUAUCAAAUGAAUUUUAUAACAAAGAUAUCAUCAUUAGCCAUUCAUGAUAAUACAUUAAAUGGCUGGUUUGGUGUUUUGUUAUCAUCUUCAGCAUGCAUCAUUGGAGCUUCAAUUGUUUUUAUAGAUAAAUUUUUUCAUACAAAAGUAUUAGAUAGUCGUUCCUUUAUGGCAGCGUCUAUGUCACUGGCAUCUGGUGUUUUAUUAUUCUCAUCUUUAUCUGUAUUAUUCCCUCAAGCACAAAAAAAUCUAAAUAAUUCUACAGUAUUAUAUGUAUGCUAUUUUGGUGGAGCUAUUUUUACUCUUUUGUUAACUAGACUUAUUCAUUAUUUAAUGCCUGAUGCUAUUCAUGCUUGUGGAGAAGCAACGCAAGAAUGCCACCAUAAUGAAGAACAUCAUCAUAGACAUUCAAUAAGAGAGGAAAGACGUAAAUUAAAUAAUCGGCCUUGUGAUGUUGAAUAUGGUACAAUUCGUUCAAGUGAAUCUCAUUUCCGAUUUCAUCAUGAUGAUCUAACCCAUCAUAAUCAACUUCAUCAAACAGAAGAAGUAACUGAUAAUGAUACUAUUAGUGAAUGUUCAAGUGCAAAUCAUCAUAAUCAUCAUGAAUCAGUUGAACAAACAGUUGAAAAUGAUCCUAAACAUUAUUAUAGUAUUGGCAUUCAAACUGCUAUUGCCAUUUGUGUACACAAGUUUCCAGAGGGACUCAUCAUGUUUGUUUCCAGUCAAGCAUCCACUUCACUCGGUAUCAGUGUUGCUAUUGCUAUGUCAAUUCAUAAUUUAACAGAAGGAUUUAUGAUCGCUUUACCCUUGUAUUACGCCACACAAUCUCGUGUAACUGCGUUCAAUUAUGCGGCUAUAAUGGGAGGACUUUCUCAGCCAUUAGGUGCACUUAUUGGGUUAGGGCUUAUUAAGAAUAUAACGAAAAAGAGUGAAAAUUGGUUGUUUGGUAUUGUAUUUGGAUGUGUCAGUGGAAUGAUGUCCCUUAUUACUAUUCAGAGUAUGUUACCGCAAGCUAUUAGGGCAGACAAUAAGCAGCAUUUUGUACUUUUAUUUUUCUUUUUAGGUGUAUUCUUAGUUGGACUUACAUCUAUCUUAGAAGACCUUUAAAAUUACUAUUUUUUUUCUUUUUUUUUUUUUCUUUUUUUCUUUUUUAUUUAGUUACAUAAAUA